AUUACACAUAGUACCUUGAAGCCAGACUGAGUUUGACAGAGAAAAUAAACAGAUGUCAAACUUCUUGCAUCUCAGAUAUAAUGAGAAAUCUGUUUCUGUUACAAAAGCCCUUACAGUGAGGUUUCUCACUAAGCGAUUCAUUGGAGAAUAUGCUUCUAAUUUUGAAUCUAUCUAUAAGAAGCACUUGUGUUUGGAAAGGAAACAACUAAAUCUAGAAAUAUAUGACCCUUGUUCUCAAACACAGAAAGCAAAAUUCUCCCUCACAAGUGAGCUUCACUGGGCAGAUGGGUUUGUUAUUGUGUAUGACAUCAGUGAUAGGUCUUCAUUUGCUUUUGCAAAAGCACUGAUCUACACAAUCCGGGAGCCACAAACUAGUCAUUGUAGAAGAGCAGUGGAAUCAGCAGUGUUUUUGGUUGGCAACAAACGAGAUCUUUGUCAUAUGCGAGAGGUUGGCUGGGAAGAAGGGCAAAAGCUGGCACUGGAUAACCGAUGCCAAUUCUGUGAACUGUCUGCAGCAGAGCAGUCUCUGGAGGUGGAAAUGAUGUUUAUCAGAAUUAUCAAGGACAUCCUGAUAAACUUCAAACUCAAAGAAAAGAGACGUCCCAGUGGAUCUAAAUCAAUGGCCAAAUUGAUCAAUAAUGUAUUUGGAAAGAGAAGGAAGUCUGUUUAGUAGACAGGUAAUCUUGGGAGAUUUGUUCUAUCAGAGUUUCAAACAUUCACAUGAUAAUUAAGCUAACCUUUGUAUGCAUUUUUUUUUUUGGUAAAAAGAAUUCUCUUGGAGAUAUGAAAUGAUUGAGUAUGAACCACAGCUGUGUUGUCAAAUAUGCAGGUUGCCUUUUUGGUUGUUGUAUCCUGCUCACUCUCCUUCACACAGAACCUUUCAUUUAUUGUACAGCAUUGCACUCACCCUAACCUACUGGUGGACAGCGAUCUCAGUUUGCCUUGCCAAAUAAACUCUGUUUAUGUGAAUUUGUUAAACAACCAUGCCAUA